AGCGGGCUGGCCGUGUCGCUUGCGUCGCCCACUUCCCAUAUAUUUCGCGAUUAAAUUUAUGCCUAUGAAAUCAUCGUUAUUGUUAAAGAAACUGUUGGACAUUGUGAAACAAAGUGUUUCGGUGUUCAAAAUGGAUUUGUCGUGUGGCGAAAAUCUGGAGAACUCAGGAAACAGCAACGGUGGAAGGCCAGAUGUCUGCAUCGCAGGCACUGAUCCAGCCCUCGACCGUAAUCCACACUUGUUGACGAAUCUCCUUGCAUUGGAAAGGUUUCAUGGAUUGCAUACAGAUUAUUUUCAACACGUCCAAAUAGAUAUACAGCCGUUUAUGCGGAAGGUUGUCACAGUAUGGAUGUUGGAGGUAUGCGAGGAGCAGCGUUGCGAAGAGCAGGUGUUCUCCCUGGCCGUCAGCUAUCUGGACAGGUUCCUCGCACAGGUCGCAAUCUCCAGGAAGCAGCUGCAAUUGCUGGCUGUCACAGCAUUGCUGGUAGCAUCUAAAUUCCGACAGUGCCAUGCCCUAUCCAUCGACCUGCUGUGCGCUUACACAGACAACUCAAUUCUGCCACAAGAAGUUCGUCAAUGGGAAUUAAUGUUGGUGCAACGACUAAACUGGCAGUUGUCUAUUGCAACAGCGUUUGAUUUUGUCGACCCCAUUUUGGCCAGGGUACCUUGGGGCCGGACGAAUUCUUUGGUCCGAAUACACGCCAUAACUCUAAGCUCCGUCUGCUAUACAGAAACGGAGCUACUUUUAGUGCCACCGUCGCUAAUAGCAGUGGCCUGCAUUACGGCAGCGGCUCGUGGUCUCCGUGUGCGGAUGUCUGUAAACGACUUAUGCUAUCUCACAAGAUCUCCUCCCGUUUCCACGGAGCUCGUAGCUCGCCACGUGGAAACAGUCCUCGCCAGAGAGACCCAGGCGCAAGAACCUCGCACUAGAUACGCACAACCAACGAAACAGGCAACCUCAGAUCAAACACAACUACCCAAUACACCAACAGAUGUUCAGGACGUUCGUUUUUAACAUAUUUAGGCCUUAAUCGUCAAAGCAUUUGACUUAGCGUCGACUUUUGAAUUGAUAUCAAUUUGUUAGUAUAGGUUUCGAUACAUUCCAAAUUAAACAUAAAUGUUUGGAUAGCUAAGUUCAAAUGCUAAACACGUGAUCUAAUAUUUUGUGUAAUAUUAAGGAUCUCAACAAUUUCAAUAUAAAUGGUGUUCGAAUCAAAUUUUGUACGUAGGCUUACCCAUAUAUAAUAGCAAUUCGAACUUAUAAAAAAAUCAUUGUUACUUUUUUUCCCGCGCACCUGGGUCCACAGAGUAAAAAAAAGUACGCAGUAAAAACUUUUUUUCAAUAACGGGCCCUAAACGUCCAUUGAUCUCAAAUUGUGUAAAUUAUUCUAUUUAUUAAUUAAAGUUAAGGUUAGUGUACGAAACAAUAUUCAAUAUAUAAAAUUAUGAUCUCCGAAUAAUCCAAAAAUAUACAGACUCGUCAUGCAUUUUUAGCUAAAUAUUCUAGCGUAAGCUUGUUAGCCGAUACCAGAGGUUGUGUUAUUUCACAAUUUUUGUCAUUUAGUUAAAUAAGAUCUCAGCAACAAUAUUGCUACCAAAACAUGUUUAGUUUGUAGGCACUGACUUCGGUUAAAAUUGUUAUACUAUUUAUUAGGUCGAUGUUAAGUUUUAGUAAAUUCUAGUCAAUGUUUCUCACAUUCCUGUUAAUCGACCAAACCUAUAUGUAGAUAAAUGUUAGAUUUAACACUUAGAUUUAUGGUGUAAUCUUUAAGUCACACAAAUAUUUUUAAUUUAAAAAAUAUGGGAGAAAUUCUCACAGAUAAUAAACAUACAUUUUUCUAUGGUCAUUGGAUUUACCUAUGCGUCUAUAACUCCCACAGUAUAUAAGAUUUUAAUAAGAUAAUUGUCAGAAUUACAAAAUUGUAAUGUUAUAGAAAUUAUAAUACUCGGAAAGAAUAAUGUCCAUACUUUGUAGAUGAGUUUUAUACUUGUAAAAUCAACUUAUGUCUUAAUAUUGUUAUUAAUACAGAGUGGUCACCAUUUAGUGUUUUUUUUGUUUGUAUCACAAAUAAUAUUUGUGUUGAGACUCGUUUAUUAUUUAAUUAGAUGGUUUUGCCAUAUCAAAUUUAAGAUCCCUUUACUGUAUAUACACCUAAAGGAAACUGCUUUCUUGGUAUUUUUAUAAAAAAUAUUUUAACGAGUCUCUGUGCAAGUAUAAAAGAAAUAAAGUGUAAAUGUAUUGCUGAAAGGUUGUUAAUAGUUUAAGUGUGA